AUGGUUCAUGCGAUUCGAAAAUCUACUGAUUGCACUCGAUAUAAAAGACAAGAAAGAAAACGAGCGUUAUUAUUAUACUAUAUCGGUGAAAGUACUCUAAAUAUCUUUGAAACACUGCCCGAGACAGGCACAGAAGACGACUAUGACGAAGCGUGUCAAGCUUUAAAUGAACACUUUAAACCUCGCAAGAAUACAUCGUUUGAAAUAUUCAAGUUCAGGAAAACAAACCACCUUGUUGACGAAACUCUCGAUCAAUACCAUGUACGACUCGUCCAGAAAGCUAAGUACUGUGAAUUCUCAAACUUAGAUACUGAGAUAAAAGCUCAAAUUGAGCUAGGGACCAAUUCCAAACAACUUCGACGAUAUGCUUUCCGCAAACCAAAACUGACUUUGGCUGAACUCUUAGACUAUGGACAGACACUUGAAACUGUUGAAGAAGAUGCGAGCGGAAUUGAGCAAAAUAUGAAUGAAACACCAAUGAAAGAUAUCCACGCCGUACGACGAAAUCCGGCUGCUACAACACCUAAGAAAAUAUGUUUCUUUUGUGGAUUAAGCUGGCCACAUGUGAAUGUUUGUCCGGCAAAAGGGAAAACAUGCAACCAUUGUCACAAGCAAAACCAUUUUGCACGAUGUUGUAAAUCGAAAAUUUCAGCUGGACAGCGUGAAAAUAAGCUUCCUCAGAAAUCCAAUGAACGAAGAUCCCAAGUGAAACAAAUAGACGAACAAG